GGAGGCUGUGGUGAGAGACGGACCGAGACCGGAGAUGUUUUCAAGCCCAGCCCCGUCGGCGUUAGUAGCGGUUGCAGCAGCGACGAAGACGACGACAGCGACGGCCACGCCGAGGCACUCGUUCAGGGGGUAAACCCUCCUGCGCUGGCCGUGCCUCGGAUCCAGGAUGAGAAGACUGAUAAAAGAAGCUAGCUGAACAGCUAUAAAAUGCCCAAAUCUGGUUUCACAAAACCAGUUCAGAGUGAAAAUUCUGACAGUGACAGCAAUAUGGUAGAGAAACCAUAUGGAAGAAAGAGUAAAGACAAGAUUGCAUCCUACAGCAAAACUCCAAAAAUUGACCGAAACGAUGUGGGCAAGGAGAUGAAAGAGAAAUCUAUGAAACGUAAACUUCCUUUUUCCAUUAGCCCAUCAAGAAAUGAGGAACGAGAUUCAGACACAGAUUCAGAUCCAGGACAUACAAGUGAAAAUUGGGGGGAGAGACUUAUAUCUUCUUACAGGACAUACUCAGGUACCCUUAAACCUGGAUCAGUAAAUUCCAGGUAUUGA